AUGACACAAUAUCUUAUAGCUGUAUGGGACUAUGUCGCAGAGGGUGAAUUUGAGCUUUCAUUCAAGCAAGGCGAUAGAAUCAAACUAUUAGAAAAGCAUAACGAUGACUGGUGGGAAGGCGAGCUGAAUGAAGAGAUUGGCUUCUUUCCUGCCAACAGAAUACGCUUGGAAACACCUCAAGAUUCAGUCCAACAAAGUGAACACAAUGUAGAUGACGGUAUAGCACCAACACCACCGACAGCAGCAGCAGCAGCAGCAGCAGAGGAUGGUCAAGAUGCGGCUAAUGCUGCUCCUCCACGAUUGCCAGCAAGACGAAAUCCAUCCAUACGAUCUACUACAGCACCUGCACUAGCAAAUGACACAUCAUCUGUGUCUGUACCUACAAAAACAGAAUCACCUUUGCCUAUAGGAUGGGAACACGCAUAUGACCAAGAUGGCACCAUUUACUAUUUCAACGAGUCGACAGGUGAAUCUCGGUGGGAAAAACCAGGAGAAUCAGAAAGAGACCAACCUCCUCCACCAUUGCCACAACGAGAUGAUAGUGCCGAUACUUUGAUUCAAGGCCUGAAUCCAAACGAACUGCAAAAGCUGGAAUUCGACAAGCUGCAAACGGACUGGAUCCGACACAAGGGCUACAUACAGAUGAAGAUGAUUUCAGAAAAGGAAGAUGGAGGCAAACUGAGCUCAUGGAAGGUGUAUUAUGCAGUUUUAUCCAAUGGAUUUUUGCUGCUAUACAAAGAAGGCCAUGCUAAAAGCAAGAAAUCCUCUCGAUCGCAUGUCCCUGUAGGCAGUUUUGAUUUAGAGUCCUGCAAAAUAGACCCUGCUGGAAAGCAAGAUACCAAGCGCAAACAUGUGUUUAUUAUUUCGACACCCAAAAAAGUCAAGCUCUACAUUCAGACCACAAGCGACAAAGAGUUCUCAUCGUGGCUCGAUGCUAUUAUGAGAGAGUUGAUUGCUCGUAAGGAAGGCCAGAACGAGGAGACAGAGAUUAUGAGGCUGCUGAAAUCACUCACAUUUGAUGAAACGCAAAUGAAGGUCAAUCGUAAAAUGACGCAGCAGGAACAUGUGGAUGACAGGAAGAGCAGAGGACACUGGUUUUCAUCCAAGCCAGACGGUCGAUCCAGCAGCACUAGUAGCAGUGUCAAGACGAUUGAGCCAAAAUACGUCUAUGGCCAAGCACAACCUGGUGGAGAAAAUGAUGUUUUUGGCGGGUAUUUGCGAAUGGAGGACAAUGGAGACAUACCUCGUAUUGUCUCACUUUGUGUCAGGGAGGUUGAAGCCAGAGGAUUGCAGUCAGUGGGGAUUUAUAGAUUAUCAGGCCCAGCAUCCACCAUACAGAAAUACAGAACGGCCUUCAACAGGGGAGAACGCGUGUCCUUGAAAGAGGAGCACGACAUCAAUGCCGUUACUGGGUUGCUCAAGCUGUAUUUCCGUGAACUUCGCAACCCACUCAUGACACAUGAAUACUAUGAUUGGUUUAUAGAAGCAGCGAAAAUAUCAGAUUACGAAGAACGCAUGUAUCAGAUCAAAUCUAUCAUCCACAGUCUACCCAAGCCCAACUACAUUGUGCUAGAAUAUUUGAUGCGUCAUCUCAAUCUAGUCGCUUCCUACUCUGCAAUCAACAAGAUGGAGCCAUCCAAUUUAGCGCUAAUUUUCUCGGUGGGCUUACUGAGAUCUGCACAGGAAGAUUUGAGCAGCAUCAUGAUGUCAGAUCUUCACAGCAAGAUCAUCGAGGCUGUGAUUCAGCAGGUGGAAUGGUUCUUUGAGGAGGAGGAGGAGGAGGAAGAAGAAGAAGAAGAAGAUGAAGGAGAUCAAGUGCAAGUAUCAGACCAAGCCCUGAUACAAGAUCAGAUACAUGCUCAUACAAGAACCGAAAGAUCAUAA